CGGAGCCCUAGUCGAUAUCGAGAUCCAACCAAACCAACUACUCUGCAUAUAUCUCUCUCAGGUUUAAAGUCUUUGAUUCUUGAAUGAUGGAGGCUCCUCCAAACAAGGAGAUAGCGUCGGCCCCUGUAUCGGUCUUCUGGGACAUGAAGAGGUGUCCGGUUCCCGAUGGCUAUGAUGCUCGUCGGGUGGGUCCAUGUAUUAAACGGACUUUGAGGAAGCAAGGCUACUCCGGUCCUAUCACCAUCACUGCCGUUGGCUCACUAGCAAAGGUCCCUCGUGACAUCCUUGAAGAGGUCACUUCCACUGGAAGCUCUCUUACGCACUCCCCCUACAGUGAAAAGGACAUGGUUUCUCUUUUCCUGUCUCUUGAUUUUGAGAUUGAGAGUGAACCGCCAUCUUCUAUUAUGGUCAUAUCCCGUCCAUCAGCCGCCACUCCUUUUAACUUCUCUCCUCAUCUUCGCAAGCUACGUCGGUCUGGAUACAAUUCUAUUUUCCCGUAUCCAUAUGAUUCUCCUCAAGAAGCUCAUCCACUCAUGCAAAGCGGCUCUGGAAUAGCUUUCUUCUGGCAGAUCCAGGGGAACUUGAUGAGGAAGAUAAGUGCACUGAAACGGGUGAACUUGCCACCUGGCUUUGCACUGUGUGCUGUCGCAUUGAGGACCCAGGUCCUGCUGGCCUAGGCAUUACUGGCCGAGGCGUUGAUAAUUUCAUCACGCAUCUCUCUACUCGAGAACAUGAAGUCAAGCUUUACCUAUGGUUUCCCCCCAGUGACUCUUACGUCCACGAGGAACUCAAGGGGUUCAAGGAGGAGUACCAGGGGUUCGACGAGGAGGACGAGGAAGCCAGAGUUGAGGCUCCUCUUGUUUCUUUUCAGACGCCCAUGGUGUGGAUGAGGAAAACCAGCAGGGAUGCAUACUCGUACAACAAGGAAGCGGUUGAAGCCGGAGUUGUGGCUCCCCUUGACUCUUUUCGGGUGAAUCCUACAACCAUGGUUUAAGAGAGAAAGCACAAGAAGAUGAGUGCGUGUGAAGAAGAAAGAAGAGGAGGAGGAGUGCAUGGCCCCUAGUGCUUUUUCUUCUUUUCUAUUGCCUUUCGUAUUGUGAAUGCUUUGUUUAUGUCGCGUUAAAACUUAUACUAUAACUUAAGCUUAUUUUUCAUGUCUCGUUCUUUUUUUGAGAUCGGACCGGAUAGUAAGUUUCAGAUGAUCAAUAAGGUGACAGUUCAUUAUUCACCUUACAAUAUGGUUAUACAUUAAUUGACAAAUGAAUUCGUUUACUAAGAUUAUGAUUAUGAAAUGGUAUCUAUUGCAUCCGUAUUGAAAUGGAAUCUUCACGACGACUGAGAUUUUGAAAUUACUAGGAAGAGAGAGAGAGAGAGAGAGAGUGACUAGAGUAGACCUAGAAGAAUGAGCACAAAAUCAAUGGCGUCCGCUGAAGACCUCCGUCUUCUCGCACUCAUCGACUCCGCUUUCUCCGAUUACCUACUCUAUCAUCAUCAACAACUUCCCGGAAUAAAAAACAAGACCGAGCAACCACCGUUCGAGCCCUAGCUAAGCAAUUCCUUCCUUUCCUCAACAAAUCGAUUUCGCUGCUGCCGAAACGCCUCUCCGUCGCGAAAUCUGAUGACGGAGCUCGCGAAUCCGCCUUGGGUUUGUUCCACGUUUAUGAGCUUUCGAUUGCUUUAGAAUUGGUCUCCGCGCAGUUAGCUUGUAAGCCUCAUACCGUUCAGUCUCAGAGGCUGCGGAUGAUUUAUUGUCUCGAUGUUUGGGGUUUGUAUGAGAAUGUUUAUGCUGAAGGGUUUACGGUUCUGGAGAAGCUAAGAGGCGGCUCUGAUUGCAAAUCCCGGAAGUCCCGGUUGUUACCUGAGGUUCAUGAUGGUGAGGCGGAGCUGGCUUUGGUCGUUGUUGAUGCGGUGAAUGCCAUUAUUAAGGCUGUGGCAAUGUGUCAGCACUUAGAAGAUAAGCGGUGUAGGAAAGUCCUUCUUUUGCUCGAGGAGGUUACACCCUGGUUUAGGGUCUUAGAUGCUAAGGCGAGUGAAAAGUUGCACAGAGGGAUCGUGGCAAGUAUGGGUUAAAGAGGCUGAGCAUUUCGAUGAGGAUUUGGUGCUGUCUUUCUGCGACUUAACUGUGAAAGAACACUAUAAAUCUGCAUUGUCAAAAGAUCGAAUUUAUAAGUUUGCUCGCGAGGUGCUUUCUGUUCUGUUCGGAUUGAAGUAUAGAAAAAUGUCAGUGAUCAUUGACAUUUCAAUGGCUUUGUUGCGCAGCUUAACUUGCCAAUUUGAGAUCAGUGCCCAUGUAGUUGAAGUUGUAAUUGCUAGUCCAUGGAUCCGAUCUCAAGAACUCAAGAACUCAAGUAUCUAAUUGCGACGCUUUACAAUAUCGGUAUCGUAUUGUACAGAGAUAAGGAGCUAAAUAAGGCGUGUGAGGCGCUUGAGCUGAAUUCCAAGGCAUCAUGGAGAUGUGUUGAACUACAUUGUCAGAUGUUUGUAAAUCAGUCUAGUUCAUCUGAUACUGACUUGUCAGAAGAUGCCAUUAUGGAUUUUGUGGGCGAAGCAUGUAAGAGGUGUGCAUUCUACCUGGAUAUACUCCAGCAAUGUAGCAGAUGUAAGAUUAGACAGAGUAUUGUUCAUAUUCUAGAAAAUUGGUUGUCAGCUGAACAUCUGAUUAGAAGGUUACAAGGCCCUGAGGCAAUUGUUAAGCAGUGGGUUAAGAUAGAACGGGAAUGUCACACGAAUCUGGAUGCGGCUGAUUCUUGUACAACUUUGUACUCACUGUUAUUAUCUUCUCCAAAAAAGUCAAAGCGUGGUAUCGGAAAAAUCCUAGAGCAUGUUCGGAUCCUAACAACCUUUCAGUUUAUGUUUGAAUAAAAGUUUGCGCAUGUUCUAACUUGACGGGGCAUGCUACUAGAAAUUCCCUUGGAUACUUAAUUGGUGAAUGUACCUUUACCUAUAAAAUUGGCGAUCCUGAUUUGUUUUUAAUUUUAUUUUCUCUUUUCUAUAAAUGCUUGCAGGAGCUUCUUGCCUAUGAAAAAAUGUUCUCAUUAAGUUCAAAUCUAGGUCAAGUAACGCGAAUCACGAUAGCAGAUAUCCUUUUGAACGAUGUUUAUGUCACUGAGGAUAUGCAUAUAGAGAGAGCAAGAAUCUUAAUAUGGAAAGCACGAAUGACAAGGACAUCUGGAACUGAACAUCUAAAUGAGUGCAUUUGUUUACUGUCAGAAGCAAUAUCUAUACUGGAUGAGGUACAUCAUGGGCCAAACAAAGAGGGUACUCCAUCUUCUCACAUGUUACCUAUUGCGUAUUGCUUGAGGGCUUUCUGUACCCAGGAAGCUGAGCCAAACUCGAAGAAAGUUUUUCAAGAUAUUAGAACUUCACUAAAUCUCUGGCUGAGGAUUCUUAGCCUAGAUGAUAGUGGGGACAGUCUACCAACAGAGAACAUAAUUCCGUUACUGUAUAAUAUGACUGAUUUGAUGUCAGUGAAGGGAUGUACAGAGCUCCAUCAUCAUAUAUACCAGCUGAUUUUCAGAUUGUUUAAGUGGAAGAAUGUCAAAUUGGAGGUCUGCCUUGCAAUGCUGUGGGACUGUAGAAGGCUUAGUCAUGCCUUAUGCCUUUCCCCCAUAAGUGUUACCUUUAUCCGGACCUUAUCAGAGAAUUGUGGUGACAAAUCUACAUGCAUUCAUUUCUGGAUAGAUUGCUUGAAAGAUUCAAAAGCAAAGUUAAUUGGGUUCCAGCAGAACUUCCAUGAUUUACAUAAUAAUUUCUUGCGUGCCUCCAAUAAAGACGAAGGCCCCUUUCAAUCAGACAUCACAACUGAUGAUAUUAAAGAUGCAGCUUCAGAACUCAUUUCAAGUGCUCUUUCAUAUGCAAAAGAAGCCUAUAGGAUACGGACUCUUAUACUUCACCAGAAAUUUAAGUAUUCAGCUGAGAAGCAGUUCGAAAAACACAACGACGCUGGAAAAAUAUCAAAGAUGCGGACUUUUGGCAUAAAAAACUUCCAAGUCUACAGCUGGGUAGCAACUGAUUUUUGGCCAUGUGGAAAUUUUCUCUGGGACGUCAAUUGCUGCUACCUAAGUCCUUGGAGUGUACUCCAAUGUUAUUUGGAAAGCACCCUUCAGGUUGGAAUUCUUAAUGAUCUAAUAGGGAAUGGACUGGAGGCAGAAACCAGUCUAUCAUGGGGAAAAGCCAUUUCAUGCUCGCAAAGUCUAUUCCCUUUUGCAGUCGCAUUUUCUUUUUUUGAAUUUAAUGUUAAAUUAUAUUCAAAAGAAAAAUAAAACGUUUUUACAACUUGUGCAACAUAGUUUGAAGAAUAAAUGUGUUGAAAAUAUUAGAAUAGAUAAGAGGUGUUAGGCUCGAGAUUGCAUCCAG